AUGAACCCAAAUUUCCCUUGGGACAUUCCACCAAAUUAUGUACUAGAAGGUUACCACACAAAAGUUCUCAAAGCUUCUGUAAUGCCUGUUGUCAUGUCGGUGCCACCUCCUGUGAUACACACUACUCCAUACCACAAAGAGCCCAUAUUUCACGCCACUCCAAGUGACAACAUGGGAGCAUAUGAGAAAAUGGACGAAUUCCAAUAUCAAUUCGCUGAGAUGCAAAGAGAGAUUAAAGCCCUUAAGGGAAAAGAUCUAUUUGGGAAGAAUGCCCACAAUCUCUGCCUUGUGCCAAAUGUCAAAAUACCUACCAAAUUCAAAGUACCUUACUUUGAAAAGUAUAAAGAUGAUUCUUACCCGAGGAGUCACUUAACUAUGUAUGCUCGACAAAUGUCCAUUCAAACUGACAACCACCAAUUGCUAAUUCCCUAUUUUCAAGACAGUCUGACUGGUGCCGCUCUCAAAUGGUAUAUGAACUUGGAUGGCGCAAGACAGAGAUCAACUCCAGUCUAUGUUCCAAAGAGACAAGGAAACUUUCAAGGAAUAUGCACAAAGAUGGCGCGAGGUUGCCGCCCAGAUUUUUCCUCCUCUCGAAGAAAGCGAAAUGACUAA